UCAUUAAAGAAUUUGAAGUCAUUGAUGUUUUUUGUGGAAAUAAUGAAAAAUCAGGUAUUAAUAUAAUAACAGGCAACACUGCAUUUAAUUUUUGGGUCUUUCUAAAUGACCGACACUACACAGGGCGCCCUCUGGGUAUAGACUUGGAAACAACUGAUUCGUAUAUGCUUCUCUUUCGCACUCGUGCGCUCUUGCCAGCCGAACGGUUCAAUGACUUUGGCGACCAGUUUCUAUUUUCUCUUUGGUUCUGUCGUCGGGUCGACCCGCAAGGAAGGGGUCUUUGUUUGCGUUUCACGUUCGCGUCGCACGGUAUCAUCUGUGACGGUUCCCAUCGUAUCGUGUCCGAGACGGAAUGUGUCCGCAUAAGUGGAAGCGUGGUCGUAGUUCGUGUUGGUCCACGUGAGAUGCGGUGCAGCGCCCCGCGGUGUGUGCCAGCGCCGGUGUGUGUGCAGUGAGGUGUCAGGUGAGGGUGAAGUGCAGUGCAGGGUGUAACGGAGCGUGGGUCGGCCCGGCCACGGCGAGCGACGCGCGCGGCGCCGGCCGCCCGGCCAUGACCGGCGACAUGCCCCUGGGGAGCGCGCACGCGUUCGGGCGCGCGCUGCUGCGGGACGGCGCGCUGCCGCCGCUGGAGCCCGGCGCGCCCGCGCCGCCCGCGUCCACCGCGCCCGACAAGCGCCCGCCCGCCGCCGCCGCCAGCCCCGAGCAGGUCAUGAAGCUGUACAUGAACAAGCUCACGCCGUACGAGCACCGCGAGAUAUUCGACUACCCGCAGGUGUACUUCAUCGGCGCGAACGCGAAGAAGCGGCCGGGGCUGGUGGGCUUCCCCAACAACUGCGAGUACGACAACGAACAGGGCUCGUACAUCCACAUCCCGCACGACCACAUCGCGUACCGGUACGAGGUGCUCAAGGUGAUCGGCAAAGGCAGCUUCGGGCAGGUGGUGAAGGCGUACGACCACAAGAAGCGCGAGAACGUGGCUCUGAAAAUGGUGCGCAACGAGAAACGCUUCCAUAGACAAGCGCAAGAGGAGAUCCGCAUCCUGGAGCACCUGCGCGAGCAAGACAAGGACAACACGAUGAACGUCAUCCACAUGUUCGACUCGUUCACGUUUCGCAGCCACACGUGCAUUACGUUCGAACUGCUGUCGAUCAACCUGUACGAGCUGAUAAAGAAGAACAAGUUCCAGGGCUUCUCCCUGCAGCUGGUGCGGAAGUUCUCGCACAGCCUGCUGCAGUGUCUGCACGCGCUCAGCAAGAGCCGCAUCAUCCACUGCGACAUGAAGCCGGAGAACGUGUUGUUGAAGCAGCAAGGACGCUCCGGUAUCAAGGUAAUUUAAUCUAAAUGUCUGUAAAAGUGAAGCCUUCGUGGAAAUUGAACCGAAACGAAAAACAAGGUACAAAAAAUAUAAUUAUAUACGUACCGUAGAAAGUUUAGCGAAUUUUAUGGUGUAAUAUAUUGCUGUUUAGAUAAAUUUAUUUUAAGAAAUUUACUUGAGAAAUUAUUAAGAAUGACUUUGGACUGUAAUUUGACGAGUUUUUCUUUAUGUUGAUGUAAUAUUAUCAACUGUUCAGAUAUUUUUUUAUUCUUGUAAUUUACUCGCCAAAUGGCAGAAUAGGUAGGUACGUCGGGACUCGGGACUAAAAUAUAGUCUGUUUUAUGUUAUGUGGUCUAGACUUACUCAUAAGAUAAAAUAGGAUAGUUGACUCAUAUCAAAUUUAAAAUAAACAAUUUUAAUUUCGUGUACAUGGAUGGAUGGAUUAAGGGUCCCAAAUAUGUAUAUCAAUAUUAAAACUAGGGAUUUCUUAUAAAACUUAUUUUAAAUUUUCCAAACGUCAAAAACGCUGUCGUGCAUUUUGUGACGUCACAAUGUUACUUGAUGUACUAAACGUCAAACUAAUUGUUAGUUAUUAAGGAAUACGGUGAUAAAAUAUAGCCUAUAGCACCCGGGCAUUGUAACUUCCCAAGUUCCCAUAAAAUAAUUUUCAAAUCGGUGUAGUUUCGGAGCCUAUUCAAUGCAAACAAAAAUAAUGCAAUCUUUCCUCUUUAUAAUUAUACUAGCGGACCCGCUCAAUCUUCGCUUUGUCUUAUUAAUUUAUUUAUUUAUUUGCACUUCUUCCGUAUCCCUACCUUACACUACUCUACUCCUACGCCUACCCCUACCCUACCUCUACUCUACCUCUACCCUACCCUACCCAACAACUACCCUACCCCUACCCUUUCCCUAUACCAUAAACCUACCCUACCACUACCCAACCCUACCCCUACCCUACCCUACCACUACCCUACCCUAGGAUUUAGGGGUUGGAAAAAUAGAUGGUGGCUGAUUCUCAGACCUACUGAAUAUGCACAAAAUUUUUUAUCAAAAUCGGUCAAGCCGUUUCGGAGGAGUAUGGCAAUGAAAAAUGUGACACGAGAAUUUUAUAUGUAUAUUAGAUUAAGAGAUAGAGAAUAUAUUAGUAUAGAUUAAUACAAAUUCUUCAAAAAAUCAUGACGAUUCAAAAUUAACAAAGUUCUCACUGAAUAAGGGACUUUUGACUUUGCGUUUUGCUUUGUCUUAUAUAGCCGUAGUACAGCUGGUACUAUAUCAUUAUGACCGGCGCACUCUUCAAACACAAGAUCAAGGCCGUAGGUACUCGUAUCUCUGCAGUGCACUUUAGCCCGUCGAGGGCAUAAUCAUCUAGGUCUCAUCUCGCCACCACUUGUGCGUCUAAAGUCUAGACUGACGCGUCUACGUUCUUCACUUCACACUAAGUGUCGCCGAUUUUAUCUCUUAUCCUUGGCGCCUAGUGUGUGAGAGAUACCUGCAUUUGUUACAUCGAUUUGUGGAUAUAUAUUACUAGCGCCCGCGACUUCGUCCGCGUUGAAUUCAAUUUCUUGAAUCACAUUAUAUUUUGUAUAUUUUUUUUCUAUUUAUGAACAAAUUUUUGAAACUGUAACUUUAUAAAAGAAGCAUUUUCCAUACAAACUUUCACCCCCUUCUAUUUUUAUUUUAGGAUCAAAAAGUACCCUAUGUUUUGCUCUAUACCAAAAUUCAUCUUGAUCGGUUCAGCCGUUUAGACGUGAAAAGGUAACAGACAGACAGACUUACUUUCGCAUUGGUAUAGAUAUAGUUUUUUUCAAUAGUAAAUUAGCUCUUGAUAGCGAUCACACUUAUGUUAAGUGAUGAUGCAGUCUGAGAUGGAAGCGAGCUAACUUGUUAGGACUUAGGAGUAGGAUGAUAAGCCACACUCCUUAUGGUUUCUACAGGACAUCGUAAUCGCUUGCCGGUACGUCUUUUCCGGUAGGGUGGUAACUAGCCACGGCCGAAGCCUACCAGCCAAAACUAAGCUCUUAAUCCCCUUUCUAUGGUACUGUCAAUAAAAUAGGUUGAUAAUGUUCUUAUUAUCACGCCUUACAACGAAGCAUGUAACGUGACCUCCAUCUUUGCGCUAUCAAAAUAAUUUGCUGGAAUACCCUCGUAGCAACAGUUUUAGGGUUCCGCAAUGAAAGAAUAAAACGGGACUCUAUUACCUACUUAGACUCUGCCGUACGUCCGUCUGUCACCAUAGGUACUGUAUAUCAUGAACCAUGAUAGAUAGACAGUUGAAAAUAUCACAGAUGAUGUAUUUCUGUUGCCGCUAAUAUUACAAUAAAUACUAGCAGAAUAAUAUAAUUAUUUUAGGGGGCUCCCAUACAACAAACACGAUUUUAUGCCGUUUUUAUAGACUUGAUCCGCCCUUAGACCUGCUUAAUAUGGCCCUUCUUGACGAACUUCUAAUAAAUACUAUAAACUAUACUAGAGCCCUACUCUAAGGGUAACUGUUUACCAAUAGACAAAUUAGAUAUGAAGGUAGAAAAUGCAUGUCAUUUAUUUAAAAUUAUGUAUUUUUUGUUUAUAAAAUGUUAUUCAAAAUAUAUUGACUAUUUCUAACAGUUCUAAGCUUAUUAAUCAAAAUUUACAUUAAUUCACGAAAAAAAUAAUUAUAAUUAUUACUACCCUCAUUUUUAAUUAGUUUGUCGACUAGGGUUGUAGUAUAGGUUGGUCCUUACAUCCUUGCCAAAUUGCAACUUUAUACGUCAAUCUGUUUUCGAUAUUUCGUGAUGACCUUUUGUAUUUAGAUGGUACGGAACCCUCGCACGUGCGCGACUCCGACUCGCACUUGGCCGGUUUUUUAGCACACUUGCCGUGUCGCAACCGCCGCCCGGUGCGUUUGCGCAACCGUGGCCUGACAUUUUGACGGACAGAAAUAGUAGAACGGCCUAUUUCUACGCCCCCUGUAUACGCCGUGUACUGUGAUUUACUGUUAUAUUAGAUUGCGUAGAGUGUUUAUGUUGCCCUGUAAUCUAUUGAAUACGUAAAGUUGGUGAUUGAAUGACCAAUAGCCGCGCAUUGGCAUUUAGUGCUGUGUAUUAAUUUAAACAGAUCACUGUAAAUUGCUUUGAAGAUAGAAUAACCGUAAAAUUCAAGUUCGCUUAUUCAAUCAGUAGUCAUUGGAUUAUAUGCACUAUCAAAAUGCCAAAUAUGCACCAAAAAAGUGCGAAAUAUGCACAAUGAAAAACCAUUUUUAAUAGAAUUUACGUUUAUGACACGCUAAAAAUUAGCUUCACUUGUUACUAUGUAUGUAAGAAAAUCUUGGUAUCUUAAUUUGACCCACUUCCCGGUCUUCGAUUAGGAUGAAAUUUUGCACACGCUCUGAGUUCUGAUGAAAUGUCAUUACAAAUCCAAUAUGGCGGCCUCCGCAUGAUGGCGGAUUGUCUGUUUGAAAUCCACCUCCAUGAUAUGGAUAUCAAAUAAAAGGGUUUGCUGCCAGAAAUACGAAAUAAUCACGUGACUUACACAUUAUCUUUAAUUUAAGAACAAGUUAAUUAUAAUUAUUAUUAGGCGUAAAUUGACUAGUGAUUUAUACCCUCAUUUUUAGUUUGUUUGUUGGUAAACAGUACUUAUCAAGAAAGGCUGUAGUAGAUAUAGACAUUUUGUCUAGGUAUAGUUAUAUUUCAUGUCAAUACUGUAAUACCAUGAUUUUAGGCAAGGAUAUUAAUGAUUUGUUUCAAUAAUGCAUGGCUAUUGUUCAUAGUAAAAUUUAUAAAUCUAAUUGGAAUUAACAGCAUAAUCUUAUUAUAUUCGGUAUGCCGUCACAGAGUAUAGAGAGUUAUGGUAAGCAUGGAAUAGACAAUAUAAGCGGUUGUUUUUGGACCUGUACACAGUGAUAAGAAAAUUAUCGCUAUUUGUAUAUUACACUCUAACCAUAACUUGCUAGGUAUAUAAUUAAACUUAUAUAUUUAAACAAUACACAUCACUAUCUAGCCCCAAAGUAAGCAUACAGAGUAACUUGUGUUAUGGGUACUAAGAUAUUUGAUAUUAUAAUAUUCAUAUACAUUUAUAUACUACAUAUAAAUACUUAUAUCAUGUAUAAAUACACACAGACACUGGAAAAUACCCAUGCUCAGCACACAAAUAUUUUCCAGAUGUGGGAAUCGAACCCACGGCCGUGGAUGCUGAAAGUAGCGUCACUACCCACUGCGCCACGCGGCCGUAUGCUCUAAGGAUCUGUGGCAUAGAGCAAAGAUAUGGAUCUAUACUAUGGCAUAGUGCUGUUUACUUUAUUUGACUUUAUAGAUUCGUAACUCGUAGUAGUUUUAUAAUCACUAAAAAUUGUCUAUUAUUUUAAAAAGUAAUAACACUUCAUUGCUUCAAAAUAUACCUAGGUCAUAGAAUACAUAAUAUACAAGUACCUAGGUAUACGGCUAAUAUUCUUACAAAGAAACAUCAUUUGCUAAACUGUUUAACUUUCAGCCAUUAUUACAAUAGCACGUUUAAUUCAGUAUUGUAUUUUUUCUCAUUCCAUCUAUUAUUUUUAAAACGCCCUGUUGUUAUGCUUGAAGGUUUUCCUUCAAAAGGACUCUUACGUAUAAAAACCUAGUGCAUAGUCCUGUCUAAAAGACUCGUUCAUUUGUUGAAAAGGCACCCCAUACUCGUUAAAAUAUCAAAAGGGUUUCUCAUUUUAAAUACUUUUAACAAAAAUAAAAUCCGCUUGAAGCUGUGUGAUUUAACGGGCUUCCUUUUGCCAAUUAAAAAUAUAGAAUAACGCAAAUUAUGGAAAGUAACGCUAUAAUUAAAAAAAGUCUCUUAGACCUUUAUCUAGACGUCUUAUAUGAAUCUAUAUAUAUAAAUGAAUCCAUAUAUCUCUUGGUCAUCACGCGUGAACGGCUGGACCGAUUUCACAAUUUUUUUUUCAUGUUUGUGAGGAGAAGUUUCUUAUGACAGAAAAAAAUUAAAAAAAUGCGCGGAAAUUAGAAAAAGGGGUAGGGGUAGUUGAAAGCUUAUAUCGAGUUUCACGCGGACGAAGUCGCGAGCGUCCGCUAGUUAAGUAAUAAUGUGACUUUAUAAUGGUAAAAAAAAAUCGGUUCAGUAGAUCCAGAGAUUACUCUUUCUCUCGACCUCACAAAGUUUACCUCCAUAUAGUUUUACUUAUAGAUUAAGUACCUACCUAUACCUAAUUGUCUGUUCCCCACAGUAACCCCAUACCCAGUGGCGUGCACAGGAAUUUUAACUAGGGUAUGCACUACAUGUACAUAAUGGAAAAUUCCUAUCACUAUACAAGUUCGUAACGAGUUCUCAGGGUAGGCAGGGUAUUUUUGCAGCUAUGGUGUGCACGCCAUACCUGUGAUACAAAAGAUGAGAUCCAAUGUGACCCGUUUUUCACCUCUAAUGAGGCUUUAAUCGGAGCUUAUUUUUACCACAGACCGUGACAUUUUCCACCCGCCCUUAUUUUUGCACUUUUCACAUUGGUUCUCUUUUUCGAGGUUACCUUUAGAGACCUUAAGAAAAAAAGGUCGUUAAACCUUGAGAAUUACUAUUCUCUUUGCAACAAGCGUUAUUGAAAUAUAAUGAAAAAAAUCUUUUGUUAAAUAAGUUUAGCAGCUAUAGAAGCAAGUUUACCAAGACUAUUUAUUAGUAGUAUAAUAUUAGUAGGAUAAAUUAAAUUAUUUAUCCUACUAAUAUUAUAAACGCAAAAGUUUGUAUGGAUGUUUAUUUGGAUGUUUGGAUGUUUGUUACUCUUUAACGCCGCUACUACUGAAGCGUUUUGGCGGAAAUUUGGAAUGUAAAUAAUUUUUACUCUGGAUUAAGGCUACUUUUCAUCCCGGAAAAAUCUAUGGUUCCCGCGGGAUUUGUAAAAAACUGAAUUCCACGCAGACAAUAAGGAGGAAGUACAAGGACACAGAUAUUUACUUAAAAGAAGGUAUAAUGUAAUAUUUAAAACGAAUAAAUUUCAUUUCAAAAAAAUACAUACCUACCUAAUCCUCCUUUUUUUGAAGUCGGUUAAUAACCGAAGAAAGACAAAAGCAUUGAUUUCUAUUCCAUUUAUUCCCUUCAGCGCAACUGAACAUCAUAAUAAUGAAUGCUGCAUUAUUUCCUCAGAUAUAAAGGUUUGGUUUUAUCACCAAUCACUUAUUUGUUAGCCAGUGAACAUUUUACGGCAUAUAGGUAAAAUUCUCCAUUGUGAAGCCGUAUUGUUUUAGAAAUCCCGCCUGCGGUCUAGCGAAAGUAAACUCAUUGUGAAAAUAAAAUCCUUACCGCAAGGUUUCUCAGUGAAAUCGCUUUAUUAUGUUCUAGUAAAUGUCUACUAUAACCCUUAACAAAUGGCUGUGGGCGAAUGCUCUAGUACUCUAAAAAUAAAUGAAUUGAGAAAACCAAAAAUUCUUUAAAUACAGUUUUCAAGAUCUAUACUAAUAUUAUAAAGAGGAAAACUUUGUCUGUAUGUUUGUUUGUUUGAUUGUAAUAAAUAGGCUCAAAAACUACUGGACCGAUUUUAAAAAUUCUUUCACCAUUCGAAAGCUACAUUAUCCACAAGUAACAUAAGCUACAUUUUAUUUUUAAAAAAAAUAGGGUUCCGUAAGAUAUUUGGGUUUUUCGGACGCAAGGUGUAAAAAAUCAACCAGAAAAGUAGGGUAGGGGUAGAUAGGAGUAGGGUAGGGGUAGGGGUAGGAUAGGGGUACUUGACAGCUUACAUCGAGUUUCACGCGGACGAAGUCGCGGGCGUCGGCUAUAACUUUUAAAAAAAUAAUUUUAAAGGUCUAUUUAGUACUGGAGUAGUCCGAACUAGGCCUUAUUCUUAUCCUUAUUGCAUGCUAUGACAACCAAUAAGUGGGUCUGCAAUAAUUGCCCCAAGUUAUAUAUUUAUUAUGUAAGAUUGUUAUUGUAACCUGUUGGUGUCCUGUUUAAAUAAAUAAAUAUAUGUAUUUCAGUAUAAGUCCAUUACAAAGUCGUAUAUGGUAUUUAGUUUAUAAACAGUUAUCUCAAGAAUCAAAGCGAUAGAUUGAAGUCGUGAAUACUGACAAGUUACACAAUGGUUUUAUGUAUUGAAAGUUUUUUUAUUAACAAGAAACGAAUUAAUGUUUUUUAUGCCCACUUAAGGUGAGUUUCGAUGAGCAGCAGAUAUGUAUGAGUUUAAGUUGUUGUAUUUGGACGUGAUCUCAGGACUCAUAGAUAAAAGGUGUCAUACAAUUUUGAGUUUUUUAGUUUAAGCGUUGUUUUUUUGUUAUCGCAUCACACUAAUAUAAAUGCGAAAGUUUGUGUGUGUGUAAUCGUGUAUGUUUGUUCCUCUUUUACUCUGCGGCUACUAAAGCGAUUUGGCUGAAAAUUUAAAUGGAAGUCGAUUUUACUCUGGAUAACACAUGGCUUCUUUUGGAAUUUGUGAAAAAGUUUACUUAGUUUACUUGCGAGUUACUAAGUUUGCUCCAUGUAUCAAUUGAAACGAUAUAUAAGAAAAGAAGUAUUAGUGAAAACAGCCUUUAAAGUCGGGAGUGAACAACCCACAAAUAAAGUCAUAAUGACUGGCGAUUAUUUACUUGUACAAGUAGUUUCAAAAAGCCUUGACUGUGUUAAGUAGUCUUGUAGACAAAGAGUACCAAGAGUAGGUAUCAGGUUUUUAACCUAUGAUGCCAAUAGGAGUGUGAGAGCGUUUCAAAUCCUCGUAACUUAAAUUUUUAACCGACUUCAAAAAAAGGAGGAGGUUCUCAAUUCGAGUGUAAGUUUUUUUUUUUUUUUAGGUAUGUUACCUGAUUACUCGAAGACGCUUGGACCGAUUUGAAUUAUUCUUUUUUUUUGUUCGAAAGGGUAGGUAUACUCCUGACGUGGUCCCAUUUUCAUCAUGUCAGGAUCUGAUGAUGGGAUCCUGGAGAAAUCGAGGGGAACUAUCAAAAAUCGUAAGAACCUUUUGAGUCAUGAACAGUAGCUUGAUAUCUGGUGAUUGGGCUUGAUUAAUUUGUAUUGAUGAGGACGUUUCACCUAGAUAUAGGUUGUGACUGUCAUUGGGGGUUUUAACACGACUCCACAGAGCAAUAUACCUUGGAGGACUUUUUCUUGGCUAGAUCUAAAUCUAGUAUGAUUACACUAAAAAUAAAUAUAAAUAAAAAAAAUAACAAAAAAAAAAUCAACCGACUUAACGUACCCACUAAACUAAAAAGCGAAAAAUAACAUCGUAUUAUGGUGAUGAUAUAAUAUACUUGAAUAAAAUAGAAAUAGUUUAUUUCGGUAACAAUUAACUAAAGAGCUGUAAACGCCUGUGACAGAAGACUCCGAAGAUGAAUAAUGUCGGCAAGAUAGUGUCGAUCUAUUUUCGAUAUCUAUAGGUGUCUAAGAUAUCGUGAUUUCGUUGGGGGUGAACGAACUCUUGGUACGGAUUAUGGGGCUAGUGCUAAAAAAGUUUUGUGAGUAACAGGCAUCUGUAUGAUCAUAGACGAUUCAUAUUCGACCUUAAAAGUUCAAAUUGUCUUCGACCUUAGUCUGAUCGGGUAUUUUACCUACUUAAUACAAAGUAGCUACCCGUAUCUAUAUUAAUAUUAUAUACUUGAAGAGAUUGUUUGUUGGUUUGAUUGAACGCGCUAAUCUCAGGAACUACUGGUCCGAUUUGAAAAAUUCUUUCAGUGUUAGAUAGCCCAUUUAUCGAGGAAGGCUAUAGGCUAUAUAUUAUCCCCGUAUUCCUACGGGAACGGGAAUCACGUGGGUGAAACCGCCCGGCGUCAGCUAGUUGAUAAUAUGUAUGUGGGUUCUUCUAUAAAAGGCCAAGUUAUUCGUGAUAAGUAGGUUUUUAUUAUUAGUAAUUUGUAUGCUUACAAUUCGAACAAUUAGUUUUUUUAUUUGUAAUAGGUAUGCCUACUGUAAUUUAUUCUAUAGUUACAUAAUUUUGUUACUAGGAGGUAAUCGCUGUCAGAUAUGUAUGGAUAUUGUAACCGAUCGUGGCAUCAUGGCGAAUUUACCGUGAAAUUGUAAAUUUCUAAUGUAGCUUGUCAAGUAUACAGACUCUAAUGCGGUGCAGGUGUUUACAAAACGCCGAGUAAAUUAAUUGGUAAAUUUAUAAUUAUUAUAAAUUUAGCUUUUUACAUAUUCCUCGGGAACCAAUAAUUUUUCCGGGAUGAAAAGUAAAAUCUAUUUCCAUUCCAAAUUUCAGCCAAAUCGGUUCAGUAGUCGCGGCGUUAAAGAGUAACAUCCAAACAAACAUCCAUACAACCAUCCAUACAAACUUUCGGGUUUAUAAUAUUAGUAGAAUAUUAUACUUAGUUAUAUAAUGUUUUAUGUGUAAACCCUUUGAAACAUCGUACCUACCGUCUCGUACGUACAUAAAAAUUUUGUGAGAAAAGAGAAUAUUCUAAUUACCAAUUAUUUUGAGACAAUAAAGACGGAAAAAUACUCAAAAAAAUACACAAAAUGAUAAACCAAUAAACACAUAAUAGAUUAUUGUUAAUAUAUUUUUCUUAUAAUAACUAACUUUUAGUUAGUUUUGUUAAUGUUAAAACGAAUCGAAGCUUAAUACAUUGGAUGACCUAAAAAGCAAAAUAAUUUUCUAAAAAAAGAAACCUUUUUUCCAUAGCGUCACGUCGGAAGGUCAGCCUCAUAAAUAUGGAAAUAUGGAAACACUGGAGAAAAACAGACACGGACUCGUAAAAAUUUAUUGACUGAUAACAUUGUCACUUCUAUAAUGCUAAAGUAGUACCACUUGUUGUACUUUAUGAUUAAUCGUCAUCAUUAUCAUCAUCAUCAUAUUAAAAUGUCUGUCUGUGAUUUCAAUAUUUAACUAUGUUAUCUCUAGUCUGUCUGUCUAUUUUAUAUGACAGAUAAAAAAUUUAAAAAGCUUGAUUGUUUUAGU